UACGGUUCGUGACGGGAGGAUGAUAACUGUGACUGUUCUUGAUAUCGACUCGAGCGUUUUUUGUAACACUUUGUAAGACGUUCUUGUUUAGAGCGCAUUGAAAAACAAGUCUCAAUAAAUAUGAAAAAUUCUGCUUGUUAGGUUUAUUUUAUUUUCAAAAAAAAAAAUAGGUAACGGUCUAGUCAAUUUUAUUUAAGGCGGAAAUUUUUUAUACUGUUAAGUGAAAAUGACAAAUGAAAAGGUCGAAAAUAACAUAGAAGAUGAACCAAAACCAAGUUACGGCUGUGGUCUCAGGCAUGUGCAGACGCUGCUCCUUUUCCUUGCGAUGAUGCUGGCCUUCGCCAUGCGCGCCAACAUCAGCGUCGCCAUCGUCGCCAUGACUGACGACACCAAGGACGAUACAUUCGAUUGGAGCAUGCAAACACAGUCGGUGAUCCUGUCCUCAUUCUUCUGGGGCUACAUCGUGCUACAGAUCCCUGCUGGUGUACUGUCAGCCAAAUUUGGCGGCAAACAGCUAGUCACAAUAGUCAUAGCUGUCAAUUCUGUCGUCUCUUUGAUUCUACCUCUUGGAGCGUAUUAUGGAGGUUGGCAGUUGGUAUGUGGAUGUCGGAUACUACAGGGUUUAUCCCAAGGUCUGUUAAAUCCGUCAAUGCAUAGCCUCAUCGGAAAGUGGGUACCACUUGAAGAAAAAAGUCGACUGGGAACAUUUAUUUAUGCUGGUCAACAGUUCGGAACGGCCAUCCAGCUCAUGAUAUCAGGCUUCAUCGCGGAGGCAUGGGGCUGGCCGGCCAUUUUCUACGUCAACGGAGCCUGUGGUGCCAUUUGGUUGGCUGUGUACGUGUUUAUUGGAGCUAACUCUCCUCAGCACUCCAAGAUGAUCAGCGAGAAGGAGCGGCAUUACAUACAAAGUUCCCUUGGGCAUGUUGGUGAACAAAAGAAAAUACAAACCCCGUGGAAGUCGAUGUUCACUUCCAUACCGUUCCUGUCCCUCAUCAUAGUGCACUGUGGACAGAACUGGGGCUUCUGGACUCUCAUGACCGAGAUGCCCUCCUACAUGAGUCAAGUUCUUGGCGUCAAUAUUAAGGCGAACGGUGUAAUGUCAGCACUGCCGUACCUGGCGAUGGUGGUUUUGAGUAUUCCUUUCGGCUUCCUCGCUGAUCUGGCCAUCAAGAAGAACUGGCUGAGCAUCACAGCUGUUAGGAAAGUCUCCAAUUCUAUUGGUCAUUAUGGUCCAGCGUUAGCUCUCAUAGGCCUGACAUACGCACCAGCCGGGAACGUCACAGUUGCUGUGUUGCUGCUGACCAUGGUAGUGGGCUUGAAUGCUGGUACUUACACUGGCUACUUGUUGGUACAUAUCGACAUGGCGCCGAACUUCGGUGGAACAAUGAUGGGUAUCACCAACUUCUUCGCAAACAUCAUCUCCAUCAUCGCUCCACUAACUGCUGGAGCUUUACUUCAUGAUGAGACCCAAGCCAGUGAAUGGCGGAAGGUGUUCUACUUGUCAUCUGCAAUAUACAUAAUCUGUAACACUGUCUAUGUCAUCUUUGGAACCAGUGUGAAGCAAACCUGGAACGACGUACCUGAAAUCGAGGAAGACCGAACAGAUCCUGAAGCUCAGAAGAAAAAUGAACAAUAGUUUGAAAACAAGGACUAUGUUAAAUAUAACCUUAACAACACCACUGUUGGAUACAGGCCUUUCCUCAAUCAAUCGGAGGUGGAAUGGAGCAUAUUCCACCACGCUGUUACAGUGCAGAAUGUGCUUAAAGUGUAAAUAUUAUAGGUUCUCGUACAAUUCGAUGAAACAUUAAGUUAUAAUUUGUAAAAGAGAAUUAUUUAUUUUAAUGUAGAUUAAAAAUAAAUUAUGAAAUAACUAAAAAUAAAAAAAAAGAGAAAUACAGUCACGAACUUAAACCCAUUACAUCAAUUAUUAAUUACUAUCCUGUAACUUUAAAAGCAGAGUCAGAUUAUUUGGACAAAUCAUUCCAUUUCUGUUUCCUGGUGGAUCCACAGGCGAGGAACAAGAAAUUAGUGGCUAUUAGGAUCCCUGCAACCAAGAAGAAUACUUUCCGCCAUUCACUAGAUAAAGUCUGGAAUAAAAUUCAUUUUCAAAGUA